AUGUCGGUCGUCACACAAGAACCAUGUUUGAAAGUUCAAAUAAAUCAGAUUGACCACACUCUGGCACCUCCCGGACCUCUCGACAAUUCCUCGCUACCCCUGGCACCUAUCAUUAGGAUAUACGGUCCAAGCUCUGACGGUCGGAAAGUCUGUGUUCACGUCCAUCAAGUCUAUCCUUAUUUAUAUGUGGAAUAUACCGGUAGUCUAGAAUCUCGUGAAGUAAAAAAAUACGCUUCGCGUCUCAAACAUUCUUUGAACCAUGCCAUUGCCCUCUCUUUUAAACGCAACCCUCACUCAUCCAAAUCUCAGUUCAUCAGAGCGGUCAUCCUAGUGAAAGGCAUACAUUUUUAUGGCUUUCAUUGUUCGUAUUCCCCGUUCCUCAAAAUACUGGUCAUCGAUCCAUCCUGUUUGUCUCGUGUCGUGACACUUCUUCAGUCUGGAACUGUCAUGAGCACGCGCUUUCGGACAUAUGAGAACCAUCUGAGCUUCACGCUUCAGUUUCUUUGUGACUUUGGACUCUAUGGAUGCGGAUGGAUUGAGCUGGACAGCGCUCUGGAACGAGGUCGUGAAAGUGAAGAUGAAUCCUCUCCACCACAAUUCCCUAUAUCUCCGCACUUUCGCCAAUCGCGAAUGGAACUGGAAGUGGAUGUAGCUGCAUACCAUAUACUCAACAGACACAAGCUUUCUGCACGCAAUAUCCACCAUAAACUUGAAAUCCCUGCACCACCAUUGUCAGAUGAGCCGUUUAUCCCAAGUGUGCGCGAGUUAUGGGAAGAUGAACGCAAUAGACGUUCCGCUCGCGGUCUUGAUCCAUCUCCUGUGAUGCCUUCUGUACUCAGUGACGUUGUUCGGGAGGCUGGUGGGGAAUGGGUUUCAGAGACUAGAUGGUGGGACGAAAUACGCACACGUGUAGAACGCGAGAGGGGCCGUGAUGUAGUUCCUGACAGUAAUGAUGCCGAUAGCCGUCGGUGGGAAAACUCCGUAAUGACCACUUUCGAGAGUGUUGAAGCGUUAUGGGAAACGGAAUGGAAAACGUGGAAACCAAGCCGAAGGCACGGCGCAUUGUCGAAGUCUGAUGGCGCAGAUGCAAAGGUUCAAACUAAAGGCGUCCUGGCGGAGGAUGUCGACGAAGAAACUACUGUAGACGUCGACGUUUCAAUGUUGGAGUCCCAGAACAUAGAGUUCGGUGAUACUGACUGGAAUGAAUACGACCAGGAGGGUAUGAUCGGAGAUCAAGAGGAGGAGGAGGAUGAAGUUGAUUACGGCGAGCUCGAAGACAAUGAAUCCCUUCCCGAUGACUUGUCUACCUCAAGCGUAGCGGAGAACGACGUGAAUGAAGACGAAGAUGUAUUUCUGUUGGCAGAUGCCAAUGACAGACUCGGUCUUUCUCAAGGCGCUUCGAAAGAUGUCAUUUUCGCUUCACGAAACCCAAGCGAUGACGAGUCGGAUAGUUCAAAUGGCUUCUUUGCUGGCUUGAACCAAGUCGAAAAUGAGGAUGACGAGGGAAUGUUUUUGGACGUAGUAGAUGAACUACGACAGCUUUCACCAUCUCCGUAUAUACCCCCACACCCUAAACGAACAAGAGCAGAGGAUGAGGGCGUUCAGAAUGAAGUUCGCGGGACCUGGAAAAGAAGGCGCACCAUAGCAUCUGCCUCCGAAGAAACAUCUCGUGUAGGGUCUUCAUCAUUGGUUCAAAAUGAGGAAACUCAGUUGUCGAUUCUCGAUACUUUGACUGUGGGAGUCAAAGUAAAGCAUCGCCUAUCUCGUACGCCGUUCAAGCUGACACCAAACGCCAACCGGUAUAUAUAUGCCUUAGCCGUACCAUCGACGGCCAGUCUCAUGGAAUCUUUAGAGGCUCAUGGGACACCCUCCCGGAUCUAUAGAGUUCCCUACUAUUCGGAAGAAAGCGACGUACCAGUUGGUCCUCGGGAAUACGCUGGCUUAACGUUCGAGUUAAAAGGGGGGGACGGAAUAGUCAAUCUUGAAGAUUGGGUGUCAAAUGAUGCUGAGCAAAACGGUUCGAUAUACAUGCUCGGAUCGGAACCGCUUUCAACACAGUUCAUAGAGGGAUGGGAAUAUGCUGAUUUUCCACCCAGCGUCAAGGAAGUCAAAAAAUGGCUGUCUUCCCCAGACGCUACCGCGAUGAAACCGAAGUCAUCUUUUCGUUCUCAGAUCAAGGGCCCAACCCAGGCCAAUAUUUAUGGCCUCAAAGCAUCCCCUCUCGUAAUGAAAGCCGAGUCUCGCGGGAGACAGGACAUGUCUGUCCUUUCCCUGGAAACUUUCGCACCCUCCGCGUCUGGACGGCUCCCGGACCCAAAAGAGGAUGCCCUCUUUGCCGUGUUUUUCAGUUUUCAGACAUGCGACUCAGGAACGCCAGCUAAUCGUGUCAUCAUAACUGAUCCUACAGGAGAUUAUCGAAACCGUUUACGGGGAGUCAAGGUUCAAUACGUUCAAACUGAGCUCGAGCUCAUCAACGACGUUCUGGACGUAGUUAUUGAUUUGAAUCCUGACCUUAUCACAGGGUGGGAGAUUCAGAACUCGUCUUGGGGAUACCUCUCGGCUCGAGCUGGCACCUUCGGACUCGAGAUGGAGGAAAUCUUGGCCAGGGCGCCAUCACGAGCUCGUUUCUCCUCUGAACAAUACGAAGCCCGUCAUACGACGACGCUCCACGUCGCCGGUCGCCAUGUCUUUAAUCUUUGGCGCAUCAUGCGUUCGGAAGUUACACUGGGAAACUAUACUUUUGAGAACGUAGUUUUCAAUGUUCUCGGAAAAAGAGUUCCAAAGUACAGCUCUGGUGCUCUUUCGGAAUGGUGCAGGAGCCAAACGCCUCGUCAUAACUUCUUUGUCUUACGGUAUUUCAUCGGUCGAACGGCAAUGAACCUCGACCUCUUGAAUCAAUCGGAGAUGUUAACAAAAACCGCAGAGUUUGCUCGUGUAUUUGGAGUGGAUUUUUACUCUGUCAUCAGCAGAGGGUCGCAGUUCAAAGUAGAAUCUUUCAUGGCUCGCAUAGCCAAACCAGAGAGCUUUGUAUUUAUCUCGCCCAGCAAGAAGGAUGUCGGCAAGCAGAAUGCCGCCGAAUGCCUUCCUUUGGUUAUGGAACCUCAAUCCGCUUUUUACAAUAGCCCGCUCGUAGUGCUUGACUUUCAAAGUCUUUAUCCCUCGAUUAUGGUGUCUCGAAAUUACUGUUACUCGACCUGUUUGGGACGAGUUGUAGAUUUCCAGGGAAGGAACAAGUUUGGAGUCAUUGAUAAUCUACCUCGAGUUCCCGGCCUUCUAACAAAGCUUCAUGAGGAUAUCACGGUUUCACCCAAUGGGCUCGUCUUCGUUAGAUCCCAUGUACGAAAGGGCCUACUUCCGCGUAUGCUAACGGAGUUAUUGGACACCCGAGUCAUGGUUAAGACAGCGAUGAAGAGCGUCAAAAGUGAUCGGGUACUCACGCGCAUCCUAAAUGCGAGGCAACUUGGUCUAAAGUACAUAGCCAAUGUGACCUAUGGGUACACAAGCGCAAGCUUUUCCGGUCGAAUGCCUGCAGUAGAGAUCGCCGACAGCAUUGUGCAAGCUGGUCGUGAAACACUCGAGAAGGCGAUCAAGUUCAUUACUGAGACGACAAGGUGGAACGCAGAAGUAGUAUAUGGGGACACGGACAGUUUAUUCAUCUACCUUCCAGGAAGAACACGAGAGCAGGCCUUCAUUCUUGGGCAAGAGAUAGCAGAUACAAUCACUCGACAAAACCCGAAGCCCAUGGUCCUCAAGUUUGAGAAGGUUUAUCACCCUUGUGUCCUCCUAGCCAAGAAACGAUAUGUAGGCUGGAAAUUUGAAUCCCCCGACGACACUCCGGUUUUCGAUGCUAAGGGUAUUGAAACAGUACGACGGGAUGGUGUUAGGGCGGCACAAAUGAUGACAGAAACUUGUCUGAAAAUUCUCUUUCAAACUCAGGACCUGAGUGAAGUCAAGGAAUAUUGUCACGAUGUAUGGGGAAAGCUUCUUGAGGGCAGAUUACCCGUCCGCGAUUUUAUUUUUGCGAAGGAAGUGAGGUUGGGGACGUACGAGAAAAAGGUAGCCCCUCCACCAGGAGCUGCGGUAGCCGCCAAAAGGUCUCUUCUCGACCCAAACGAUGAACCGCAGUACGGUGAACGAGUUCCCUAUGUCGUAGUGCGCGGUCUCCCUGGCACGAGACUCGUCGACAGAGCAAUGGAUCCGAUGGAGUUUCUAGCGGCUGGCAAUCUUCAUUUAGAUGCAAUGUACUAUAUUACAAGGGUGCUCAUUCCGCCCCUUGAGCGAAUCUUCAAUCUAGUUGGUGCCGAUGUCCGCCAGUGGUUCAAUGACAUGCCUAGACCGAAAAGCCUCGAGGUCGUUUCACCAAGCAAGAAAGAUUCAACGGGCAUAAUCAUCUCCGAAAGAUUCAACAUUCACGAGCAUUUUGACAACGCGCACUGCCUAACAUGUGGCGACUUCACUUUGCAAGGCCUCUGCUAUCGAUGCCGCGACAGCACUGCGUUAUCACAAACCAGUCUUCUCACGCGACUGGCAGAGGGAGAGCGACGGCUCAUGCAUUCGCAUGGUGUAUGUAUAUCCUGUGCCGGACUUUCGCAAGGGGAAACAGUUACGUGCAUAUCGCUAGACUGUCCUUGGUUAUUUAUUCGCAAAGGCGCAGAACACAGUACAGAUUUGCUGGAAACCGUUGAAGAUUUGAUCCGGCAAUUAAAUACGGGCGACUUGUCAGACGGCUCCUCAGACACAAAUUUCCAAGCAGAGAAGGAAGAUGAAGGCGACGACAUGCUAGCAGUGGAAGAGGAGGCUUAUAGGGGAUAA